ACGAAGCAAAUUUCCUACAUGUUGAAAAUACCAAUUGAAGCGGUGAUGAAAUUGAUGAUGGGCGACAAUAUAUUCGACGUAGAGAGUAACAUUUAUCGACAAGUAAUACCGGAGCUAGAGCAGCUGUACAGGGAUGCUGGCGUUGAAGUGACGUUCUCGCCGCAGUACUUUGAGCUGCAAACGCCAUCCGAAUUCGGUGUUAUACUCAUGGAAGACCUGCGGCAGCGUGGCUUUAAGAACGCCAAUCGCUUGGAAGGUUUCGAUAUGGAGCACACUAAGUGCGCAUUGAAAAAAUUGGCGCAAUGGCAUGCCACUUCAGCAGUGCGCGUCGAAACUAAGGGUAAAUAUCCAAAAAUUGUCAGCAGCGGCAUUUUCACAGAAGAAUUUCUGGCGGCGAUGAAACCUAUGCACUUAGCGUCCAUAAAGUUGUUCAAUGAGUGUGUGCGAACAUAUGACGGACAUGAGGCGUACAUAGGCAGCAUGGUAAGUAUGCAAGUACAUACAUAUGUAUGUAUGUAUGUGGGUUUGAGAACGAAAUUGCAGUAUUCGCGAAAAUAAGCUUUUUCAUUAGAAAGCUUCUUAU